CCUGACCUCUAGAAAGUAGAAACAAAGCAGACGGAGGUGAGGUAACUGCAUGUGUUCCUCAAUGCCUCCCUCAAACCACCAUUUCUGUUUUGUUCACUUGAUCUAAGCUUUGAAAUUCUACCAAAAAUACUCUCAUUCCAUCAAUGGCUGCUACUGCUCUUCCGCAUCUUCUCCUCCUCUUCCUCACGUUUCUCCCGCUUUCCGCCAUCGCCCAAGCUCCCCGCAACGGGAGUUUGGGUUCUUCCCUCUCGACAGAUGGAAACUCUUCUUGGGUCUCUCCUUCUGGUGAUUUCGCUUUCGGAUUCCGUCGGCUUGUAGGUAGAGACCUCUUCUUGCUCGCCGUCUGGUUCGACAAGAUCCCAGACAAGACUAUAGUUUGGUCCGCGAAUGGAAACAACCCAGUUCAAAGAGGGGCGAAGGUUGAGCUGACGACCGACAGCGAGCUCGUGCUCACCGAUCAUCGAGGCCAAGAAAUAUGGAAGGCCAGACCAAACAACGGCUCUGUCUCUUCUGCCACCAUGCUCGACACUGGAAACUUUGUGCUCACAAGCACGGACUCUGCAAUUAAAUGGCAGAGCUUCGACAAUCCGACCGACACCAUCUUGCCUUCUCAGGUAAUGAAUCCCUCGAGCAGGCUCGCUUCUCGCGAGACGGAGACGGACUUCUCCAGGGGAAGUUUCGAACUCCGUCUGGAGAACAACAGCAAUCUCGUUCUUUACACCGUAGAUCGCCUCACCAGACUUUCUUACUAUCCAUAUUGGGAAAGCAAGACCGGCGGAAAUGGUUCUCGGUUGGUCUUCAACCAGACGACAGGCAUUAUCUACUUAAUACUGAGGAAUGGAAGCGCAUUCAAUCUCUCAUCGAGAAACAUGGUUCCCCUCCCAGCAAGAGAUUUCUAUCAGAGGGCAACCCUCGAUUUCGAUGGAGUUUUCAGGCAAUACAUCCACCCGAAGAAGUCCCAGACCGAUGGGAGCUGGAACCAGUCAUGGUCUACUUCCCUGUUCUUGCCAUCCGACAUUUGCAUGGUGAUGAACGGGAAGCUGGGAAGCGGAGCUUGCGGAUUCAACAGCUAUUGUAUAAUGGAUGAGCAGCAGAGGCCAGCUUGCGAGUGCCCGCAGGGGUAUUCUUACAUGGACCCAAAAAACGCAUUCCGAGGAUGCAAGCAAGAUUUCGUUCCACAGAUCUGUGUAACAGACAGACCUAGAGAAGAGACUCAGUUCCAGAUGAUCGAUAUCAUUAACACAGAUUGGCCGGACUCCUCUGACUACGAACAAUAUGAUGGUGUGGACGAACUCCAGUGCCGCGAAGCUUGUUUGGGGGACUGUUUCUGCGCGGUCGCCAUCUUCAAAAACAGUACCUGCUGGAAGAAGAAUCUACCCCUGUCGAACGGGAGGAUGAACCCAGAAGUCGGUGGGAAGGCCCUCAUUAAAGUGCCGAGAGGCAAUUUAACUUCGGGAACGUUUCUUCCUCCAAGCUCAGACAGAGGGAAGAAAGAUGAACGUACUUUGAUCAUCAUCAUAUCAUCGCUUCUAGGUGGCUCCUCAUUCCUCAAUUUCCUCCUCCUGUCAUUAGUCUUAUCAGCGAUUUUCUUCUCUUACCGUAAAAAAUCAGUGGAACUCCACUCAAAUUCGAGCAUGAUUGGCGUAAAUCUGCAAUCCUUUACUUACAGCGAGCUCGAAAAAAUCACAGACGGGUUCAAGGAAGAACUGGGCAGGGGUUCUUGUGGCACGGUUUAUAAAGGGGCGGUAGUGUUGGAUCGUGUAAAAUCCGUCGCAGUGAAGAAGCUAGACAAUGUGGAAAAUGAAGCCGAGGAGGAAUUCAGAGCCGAAGUGAGCGCAAUAGGCCGGACCCAUCAUAAGAAUCUAGUCCGACUGCUUGGAUUCUGCGAUGAGGGGUCUCACCGGCUUCUGGUGUACGAGUACAUGAGUAAUGGCUCUCUAGCAAGAUUCCUCUUUAGAAGGGAUCUGAGGUGUAGCUGGAAUCAAAGAACCCAGAUCGCAUUUGGGAUCGCGAGAGGGCUUACAUACUUGCACGAGGAGUGUGGCGAUCAGAUCAUUCAUUGCGACAUAAGACCUCAAAACAUACUACUAGAUGACAGUUUCACGGCGAGGAUUUCUUCCUUCGGCCUAGCAAAGUUUCUGAAGACGAACCAGACUCGAACUACUACAUCCAUCAGAGGGACGAGAGGGUACGUCGCGCCUGAAUGGUUCAAGAACAUGACGAUCACUGCAAAGGUUGAUGUGUAUAGCUUCGGUGUCGUCUUGUUGGAGAUCAUCUGUUGCAGAGCGAACGUCCUGCCGGAGCUCGAGGACGGAGAGGAUGUUAUACUGACGGAUUGGGUUUGUGAUUGCUACAAAAAGGGGAGAAUAGAUAGGCUAGUGGAGGACGAUGAGGAGGCGUUGAGCGACACUAGGAAGCUAGAGAGGAUGGUGAUGGUGGCGAUUUGGUGUAUUCAGGAGGAUCCGUCGCUGAGGCCUUCAAUGAAGAAGGUGACACAGAUGCUAGAAGGAGCUGUCGAAGUUGCUAUCCCACCCAACCCCUCCUCCUUCAUUAGUUCACUCGCUUGAAGCCGCACCCCAUCACCUUUUUUUGGGGGGAUUUCCAUUACAUUCGAUCAGUUAUUUGCUCUGUUUUGAAAUCAAGCUCACCAUAGUCAGUAAUUAAACUAAGUUUGGGUCAUAAAGCACUGUAUAAGACCAUCAUUCAUGUUGAAGAUGUUUAUGUAUAGGGUUGAUAUUGUAUUGCAGUUGUUUUGCUAUUUAAAUGACAGUUCUAUCUUACAGCUUCAUCUCA